AGCAGGAAGCAGCAGUGAACAGCAGUGGCAAAAGCGUUUUUUUUGGGUCCAGAAGGUCAAGCUGUUUAGCCGAAAAAUCAAUGAGUUGGUAAAAAAGAAGCAAAAAAAAAGUAUCCUGCGACAGCAUUAGCAAAAGCGAUGAAAUUUUGUAAUUAACAAAAGUUUGCAUAUUUCCGCCUGCAAAAUCAAUAUUCAGUCAACGUUUUUGGACGGCAGCUGGCCAACACAGGUCACAGGUCAUAUAUAUCCUGCUAAGCAGUAGGCUUUUGCGUAACCAAGCAAAAUAGUCGUAAACUACGCGUAGAGUGUAAGAAUAGCACAAAAAUUACCAAGUAACCGAAAAGUAAGUUUCAGAAACCCAAAAAAAUUGUCAAUGCUAAAAUGUCGUCGUCGCCAUCGUCGUCAUCACAACACUCAUAUGGCCUGACAGCGAAUAAUAUUCCUAGCGAAUAUCAGCCCUUUGGCGGAUCAGCCGGCAUUGUGGCCAGCGGCAGCAGCGGCGGUCAGCAGCAAGAGCAGCAAUCUAGCAAAUCGAGGCGCCACCAGCAACAGCAGCAGCAGCAGCAGAAGAAACAGCAUCAGCAGGAAACCGAAGAUGCUCUCGAAUAUUUCAUCAAGUUUCCAAAGCCGACAGCUGACAACGAUUUUGUGCUAAUCAGUGGCAACGAGGAACAUAAUAAUGUCCCGAUUGUAAUGCUACUGGGCUGGGCGGGCUGCCAGGAUCGCUACCUGAUGAAGUAUUCCAAUAUCUACGAGGAGAGAGGCCUGAUAACUGUUCGGUAUACGGCGCCAGUGGAUACGCUUUUCUGGAAGCGCAGUGAAAUGAUACCCAUUGGCGAGAAGAUACUGAAGCUGAUUCAGGACAUGAACUUUGAUGCGCAUCCGUUGAUCUUUCACAUAUUCUCCAAUGGCGGCGCCUAUCUCUAUCAGCACAUCAAUCUGGCGGUGAGGAAGCAUAAAUCCCCAUUGCAGGUGCGAGGCGUUAUUUUUGACUCGGCGCCUGGCGAGCGUCGGAUGCUUGGCUUAUAUCGUGCCAUAACCGCCAUUUAUGGUAAAGAGAAGCGCUGCAAUUGCAUAACAGCAUUUGCCAUAACCCUGACCCUGAGCAUUAUGUGGUUUGUGGAGGAAACAUUUGUGGCCUUUAAAAAUUUGUUUGUCAAGUCAACGCCAUUGCAUGCAAGUCCAUUUUGUGAGCUAAAGAAUGAGACGAACAAAUAUCCGCAGCUAUUUCUCUACUCCAAAGGCGAUGUGGUUAUACCCUAUAGAGAUGUGGAGAAGUUUAUACGAUUGCGACGCGAUCAGGGCAUCGAUGUGUCGUCGGUUUGUUUUGAAGAUGCGGAGCAUGUCAAAAUCUAUACCAAAUAUCCUGUACAAUAUGUGCAGUGCGUGUGUAGUUUUAUCAGGAACUGUAUGACAGUUCCUGCCUAUCAGCUGGCCGAUGGCGAUGUUAUCGAUUCCGAUUCCAAAGAGCAGCGGCAACAACAACAACAGCAGGAACAGAAUCAGCAAGGAGCCAAUUUCAAAUAUGAUUAGAUUUUAGUUUUGAGCUAACAGCGCUCUCGCUAGGAAAGGAUAACGCAUCAAACGUAUGUGAUAGGCAGCACAACUAAACUAAAAUAUAACUACAAACACAAAGAAAAAACUAACUAUUUGCAACAUAAUAUUCGAAGAAAACUUAAGAAAUUAUAAAAGUAAUUAUUGAACAUAAAAUUUAUUGCAAGCGAUCGCAUGGCGUCCGCUGCCGCUUUAAUGUAGAAACGAAUUUAAGAGUUACUCAAUCUAAAUGUGCAUUCUUAUAUUUUUCUCCCUUUCCCUUGCAAAAAUGCACAGAGCGCAAAUAAAAUAAAAAAGUAUCAAAAUAAA